AGCCCAGCCCAGUGGCUGGGCAAGAGACUCACAGCGCGGCCAGGCGGCGUAAGCGUGCGGCGGCCGGACUGGCAGGACUAGGGGGAGCGGAGGACUCAGACGACCCGGGAGAGCGCUCUGGGUGCUGCCCACGUCCGCCUCCUCCACCGACUGCCCUCCGCCAGGUGCGGUGCCCCAACCCGGUGCCGGACCCGCACGGGGGACCCCACCCGGUGGCCUAGGAGGUCGUCAGUCCCGCCUUGUUUUUUACACCCGGAGGACCUAGGCUCCCGGAGGACAAGGAACCGCCCAACAUGGCAUCGGAGAGUGGGAAGCUAUGGGGUGGCCGGUUUGUCGGCGCAGUGGACCCCAUCAUGGAAAAGUUCAACUCGUCCAUCACGUACGACCGGCACCUCUGGGAGGCGGACGUGCAGGGCAGCAAAGCCUACAGCCGGGGCCUGGAGAAGGCGGGGCUCCUCACCAAAGCCGAGAUGGACCAGAUACUCCAUGGCCUGGACAAGGUAGCUGAGGAGUGGGCUCAGGGGACCUUCAAACUAAACCCCAAUGAUGAGGACAUCCAUACGGCCAACGAGCGGCGUCUGAAGGAGCUCAUUGGUGAAACCGCGGGGAAGCUGCACACGGGACGAAGUCGGAACGACCAGGUGGUCACUGACCUCAGGCUGUGGAUGCGGCAGAAUUGCUCCACGCUCUCCGCCCUCCUCUGCGAACUCAUCAGAACCAUGGUGGAUCGGGCAGAGGCGGAACGUGAUGUCCUCUUCCCAGGGUACACACACCUGCAAAGGGCUCAGCCGAUCCGCUGGAGCCACUGGAUCCUGAGCCAUGCCGUGGCUCUGACCAGAGACUCUGAAAGGCUGCUGGAGGUGCAGAAGCGGAUCAACGUCCUGCCCCUGGGGAGCGGGGCCAUCGCAGGCAACCCCCUGGGUGUGGACCGGGAACUGCUCCGAGCAGAACUGGACUUUGGGGCCAUCACUCUCAACAGCAUGGAUGCCACCAGUGAGCGAGACUUUGUGGCCGAGUUCCUGUUCUGGGCUUCGCUGUGCAUGACCCACCUCAGCAGGAUGGCUGAGGAUCUCAUCCUCUAUGGCACCAAGGAGUUCAGCUUUGUGCAGCUCUCAGAUGCCUACAGCACCGGAAGCAGCCUAAUGCCCCAGAAGAAAAACCCAGACAGCCUGGAGCUGAUCCGGAGCAAGGCGGGGCGAGUUUUUGGACGGUGUGCUGGGCUCUUGAUGACACUCAAGGGACUUCCGAGCACCUACAACAAGGACUUACAGGAGGACAAGGAAGCCGUGUUUGAAGUGUCCGACACCAUGAGCGCAGUCCUCCAAGUGGCCACUGGUGUCAUCUCUACCCUGCAGGCAGCUCCAGGACCCAGGGCCCCCGGAUUCACUGCCAGCCUGGGCUGCUGUCCCCAGAUUCACCGUGAGAACAUGGGACGGGCUCUGAGUCCUGACAUGCUGGCCACUGACCUUGCCUACUACCUGGUCCGAAAAGGGAUGCCAUUCCGCCAGGCCCACGAGGCCUCCGGGAAAGCCGUGUUCAUGGCCGAGACCAAGGGGGUCGCCCUCAAUCAGCUGUCACUGCAGGAGCUGCAGACCAUCAGCCCCCUGUUCUCGGGCGACGUGAGCCACGUGUGGGACUACGGACACAGCGUGGAGCAGUACCAGGCCCUGGGCGGCACCGCGCGCUCCAGCGUCGACUGGCAGAUUGGCCAGCUGCGAGCUCUCCUCCGGGCACAGCAGGCCGAGAGCCCUCCCCACGCCUCUCCCAAAUAAAGCGGGCCCUGGAGGAGGCCGUGUGUGUUUCCUGC